AUGUGUUGUGCAGAGGUUGCUACCGUUGAGGAGGACACAUCCAGAGAGCUUUCUGUUGUACUGCUGGAGAGAGCCAACAGAGACCGCACCCCUGACUUUGUUGAGCCCAACCUGAUCGGAGGAGACAUUGCUAUCAAGUCCGAGGCUGACAGAAACGCUGACCCCUGCACCUCCAGAGACUGCUCGUGGGGAAAGUGGAGUGAUGGGAAAGUCUACAUCCCUUACUACAUUGUCAACCACUUCUCCUCCAGAGAGCAGGCCAUCAUCACUCGUGUCCUGGAGUCCUUUUCUUCUGUUUCCUGCAUCCAUUUCAGACCCUACCGGAACGGUGAUCAUGACUGGCUGAGCAUCAAGUCCGGGAACAGAUAA